UAUUUUUCAAAACACAGCCCACAUCUCUAGCACAGUUACUCUACUCUCAUAUCAACAAUCUUCUAAAAGAACAAAAAUGGCAUCCUCUCCUACAAUAAUCUUCUGCCUAUUAUCUAUACUUUUAGUAAUCUCAUCAGCUUUAGCUAUGUCCAAAAUUUCAUACAAAUCUUCUUCUAAUGAGCCAAACAGUCGAACCGAUGCAGAGGUGAUAGCUCUGUACGAGUCAUGGCUGAUGAAACACGGUAAGAACUAUAACGCCCUUGGUGAAAAGGAGCGACGGUUGGAAGUAUUUAAAGAUAAUCUUUGGUUCAUUGACCAACAUAACUCUGAUCAAAAUCAGACGUUUAAGCUGGGUUUGAACCAGUUUGCUGAUUUAACCAACGAGGAGUUUCGGUCUAAGUACUUGGGCACUCGGAGGAGGGAUCGCAACCGUCGGUUAGCUCGGUCGAAGAGCGAUCGUUAUGGAUUCAAGGAGGGUGAUAGCUUGCCGCCGAGUAUUGAUUGGCGGGAGAAAGGGGCUGUCGUUCCUGUUAAAGAUCAAGGAAGCUGUGGUAGCUGUUGGGCAUUUUCAACCAUAGCUGCUGUUGAAGGGGUAAACCAGAUAGUGACAGGAGAUUUGAUCUCAUUAUCCGAGCAGGAACUUGUAGAUUGUGAUACUUCCUACAAUGAAGGAUGCAAUGGCGGUCUUAUGGACUAUGCCUAUGAAUUCAUCAUAAAAAAUGGUGGUAUUGAUACUGAGGAAGAUUACCCCUACAAGGCUAGAGAUGGAAGAUGUGAUACAUAUAAGAAAAAUGCAAAGGUGGUCACUAUUGAUGACUACGAGGAUGUCCCGUUGAAUGAUGAAAAGUCAUUACAAAAGGCUGUGGCAAAUCAACCAGUAAGUGUUGCCAUUGAAGGCGGUGGUAGAGACUUCCAAUUGUACGACUCGGGUGUAUUCACUGGAAGUUGUGGAACAGCAUUGGACCAUGGUGUUACAGCUGUAGGGUAUGGGGAGGAAGAUGGGAUGGAAUAUUGGAUCGUCAAGAAUUCAUGGGGUGAAAGCUGGGGAGAGAAGGGAUACAUUAGAAUGGAGCGGAACACCAAGUAUACAGGGUUGUGUGGGAUCGCAAUGGAAGCCUCUUAUCCAAUCAAGGAUGGUAUGAACCCACCAAACCCGGGUCCUUCCCCUCCUUCUCCAGUCCAGCCUCCGAGUGUGUGCGAUAGCUACUACUCAUGUCCUGAAGGCGACACUUGCUGCUGCAUCUAUGAAUAUGCUAAUUACUGCUUCUCAUGGGGUUGCUGUCCUCUUGAAGCCGCGAGUUGCUGUGAAGACCAUUACAGUUGUUGUCCCCAUGAUUACCCAAUUUGCAAUGUCUAUGAGGGUACUUGUCAGAUGAGCAAGAACAGCCCACUAGCAGUGCCGGCAUUCAAGCGCACACCAGCAAAACCUCACUGGGCGUUCAGUGGCAUUGGGAAGAGCAGUUCUUAAGCUCAUGUUCUAAUGACUGGGCAAUGAAAUAUGAUUGAUCAUGUGAAAUUUGCUAAAGGCGCGAUGCUCUGCUUUGUUGAUGAACAGCUGCUAAGUUCCUAUAAAACAUAAAACUUGCAAGUAUCCCACUGCUGUAACAUUGGUAUCAUAUGUAUUAUGUCAAAAAUUAAUGAUGUCAAUAGCUUGGUAAUGUAAAUAUAUUGGAUAGUAUUGUAGCACAAAGGGCAGAGAUCAAAUCAGACUACUUGUUAUAGUGUCCUAUAGAUGGUUAAAUGCUUUUCAUUCCUGUAAAUCACCUGAAAAUUUGAAGUUGCAUAAAGAGAAUAUAUUAAUUACUUCUGUAA